CAAUCCGGGACCUUCGUGACCUGUUUUCCGGUGAUCUUGAACAAUGAGCGAUACCGAAAACUCGCCACACGAAGUCGUGAAAAGCCAACAUUCGCUCGACAUUCCCGAAUCUCGCGCCCGCAGCCAAUCGACUCCAAUCACGAGCAGCCUGUCGGUACCGCUUGUCGACGAGAAAGGGAGAAAGAAACGGAGAAAGCAUGAGGGUCCGUUGUCUGCGAAACCAUUGCCGUCUCCUAUUGGUCAUGCACUUACCAUGUUUAAUUCAAGUCACAAGAAGAGAAACGAUGAUCUGCAUUCUAUUUUCAAGGAUGUCCCAGAGAAUGAAAAACUAGUUGAUGAUUGCUCAUGUGCACUUCAGAAAGAAAUUCUGUUACAUGGUCGGUUAUAUCUAACAGCAGAGGCAGGUUACUUUCAUUCAAAUCUAUUUGGAUAUGAAACUAGAGUUGAAAUCAAAUGGGUUGACGUAACACAAAUCAACAAAAGUCGAACUGCGAUUGUGAUUCCCAAUGCUGUUGAAAUUCACACCCAAAACAACACCAAAUAUGGAUUUUCCAGCCUUCUUUCUCGUGACACGACCUACACCGUGUUGUUCAAAGUUUGGCAGAAUGCUCUCAUGGGGAAACCUCAAACUUGUUCUGAGUUGAUAAAGUAUGCACGUCAGCUGUGGAGAGACAAAUCACGGACAGGGUUAACGUCUGAUAGUGAACAAGAGGGUGAGUUUCAGGAACAGACGGUGCCUGAUGGCAGGAGAAAAAAGGCAAAGCAAUUAGCAAAUCAGAAUUCGAUGCAAAUUGAAGAGGAAAUGAUGGAGGCUUCAGUUGUUACUGCGGAGAAUACGACAGUGAAACAGAGCAGCGAGGAUCAAAGUAAUGAAGAUAGGAAUCGAAAUGAAGCGAAGACCAUUUCACCGGGUGAGAUUCCAGAAGCAGAUGGAAGGCAACUUAUCAAUGAAGAGUUUCAGUUUUCUGUUGACACGAUGUUUAAGAUGUUGUUUACUGAGACGCCAUUUAUGACGACUAUUUGGAAGAAACUGAAAAAUACGAACAUCCGGCUUGGUGACUGGCAAGCAUCUAACCAUCCCGGAACGACAAAGUCACGUCAAGUAAACUACGUAGUGCCUCUUAACUACUCUAUCGGACCAAAGUCAGCAGAGACAGAAGACAUACAAAACAUGCUGCACGACAGUCAACUGGGACUGAUAUACCACAUUUCAUGCGAAGUUGUGACGAAGAACGUCCCGUAUUCAGAUGCGUUCUCUGUUAACACUCAGUACUGUUUUUGGAAAGUGGCACCGAAUAGAACACAUUUAAGAUUGAAUGCUUGCGUGAAAUUCAAAAAGUCUCCUUGGGGAGUCAAGGGUAUGAUUGAACGUAAUGCACAUCAAGGAGUCGCCAAGUUUGCUGAAUUAUUGACACAACAGCUUCAUUCUGCUGAGGCAUCAGAUAGUCAGGCAAACACUCAGCGUCGUCAGAGCAUUCCACGUGUGAAUGCUUCAUACAAACGAAAACAGUCAUUACCACGCGGCGGCAGAAGAUUGACGAUGAGGUCAACAUCAAGACAAACAUCAACAGGCUCAUCGGUGAGUGAUGACGGUUCAGUAUCGAGCAAACAGAAGUACAUCUACUGGAGCAUGGCUUUGCUUGUCUUGUUUGUUCUUCUCACCAGCAAUUUCUUUCUCUACUACCGCUUGUCUACGUUCCAAACUGCUGUCAUGGAAAUAACAACCGAAAGCAACUUGGACCCAUCACUUCUCCUCGGAAGGCAUCAUUACUUCUACCUUAUGGAGUUGGAGAGGUGGAAGUCAAUAGCAACGAUGUCAGUGAAUGUGCUAGCAAAGAUCAACGCAUCACUCAUAGCUAUUGAACAACAGAUCAACGUGCAAGUGGAAGACAACACAGUGAAAUGAAUGCAUAAACUGCAGACAGUCGGCUUUUUUGAGUUGUUUUUGUACGAACGGGUGGUUGUGUUGCUACCUGUGAUGCCAUUGGUUUGUGUGAAAUUGAAAUUAAUUAGUUUAUAAAUAGUUACUGAAUAGCAGGUGUAUGUACAUUUGGAAUUUUGUUCUUUGCAGUUUUUGAUUAUGAA